AUGUCUCGUAGAAGGAAUUAUAAGGCCGAUGAAGCUGCGCGGCUGCACCUAUUCAGCUGCGGAGUGCCGUUGAGGGGCGACGGGCGGCAGCCCGACGUGAAGAUGCAGGGCGACGGGCUGCGGCUGGACGAGAAGCUGCAGGGCGAUGGGCGGCAGCCCAACGAGAAGCUGCAGGGCGGCGGGCGGCGGCCCGACAAGAAGAAGUGA